AUGGAUGUCGCGGGAAAACUGAUACCAGAGACCGAUAUGUUGGAUGACUGCACACACAAGCGCUUCCGCGCUAUUUGGGAGAUGGGUCGCCUCCAUACUCGCGAAACCUGGCUGUCGGUAAUUCCAGCCGUGUGGGGAGCGAGUAUUGGUGCAAAGGCAGGCAGGACGGAUGGAUGGUCAUUUGCCUGGGUUCUGUUUGGCAUCUGGGCAAGUGCAACGGUCUCUCAUGCCGCAUUUUGUACAUGGAAUGACAUCUGUGAUGUCGAAUAUGACAGACAAGUUGAACGAUGCAAAGGCAGGCCGCUACCAUCCGGGCUCAUCUCCGUCAAAGAGGCCACUUUCUUCUUUCUCUGUUGGAUACUUCUCACCCUGGGGACUACCUGGUAUACACUAGGACCACAGGCGACUCUGUGUACCACACCUGCGUGGCUACUGGGCUUGAUCUAUCCCUUUAUGAAGCGGGUCAUGCCCUUCCCUCAGCUCGUGGUCGGUCUCUCUGUUGCCAGUGGUGUUAUGCCGGGGUAUGUCUCUGUUCGGGGGAUUCUCGAGUUCAACGGGUCGGUUCUAGCUCUGUUUGGGGCAACCGCCUGCUGGAUUAUCUUUCUUGACACCGCCUACGCCGUUCAAGAUAUGCUCGACGAUGCGAAAUGCGGAGUCCAGUCGCUUGCGGUGUUCCUGGGAAAGCGUGUCCGAAUGUUCCUUGCGCUGGCUGCUGUCAUUACUAUUGCAUUCUUCUCUACGGCUGUUUUACUGAGCAAUCUCUCUCUAUUUACCUGGAUCUUCGGUGUCGGGGUAUGGGCAGCCAGCAUGAUACGGAGCAUAUUUCUAUUGGAUCUCAAUGUCUGCGCGUCUGGGGGACGUGUGUUCAGGUCUAACAUUGAAUCCGGCUUUUAUCUUACGGUAGUUACACUUGUGGAAGGGUAUCUUCAAGCGUGCUUUUCUUGA